AUGAACGACCAAAUUGAGGGAAAAGCCACGACCCGUAGACUUUUCACCUGCUUCGACGAACAGAAUGCUGAUGUAUCGGAGGAUCAGAUUCUGAUUGGCAUUGAUUUUGGGACGACAUUCAGCGGAAUUGCGUUUGCUUGUCUUUCAGACGAAGAUCCAAAAGUUAUUGUGGUGAAGUCCUGGCCAGGUAAGGCAUCUAAUUACAGUGACACUCUAAACAGAUUUCUAACCACAUCACAAAGGAAUGGCCAUGAAUCAAGUGAAAGUCCCCACGAUCAUAAGCUACGGCUCAUACAAUGAAAAAUUUAGCUGGCGAUCACAGGCUUCUGACGAUUAUUCGAUACACGGCAUUAAACUACUGCUUGACCCUAACCAGGACAUGCCAUCCUACAUUCCAGAAUCAACUCUGAAGAGCAAUCUCAAACACUGUGGAAAGCCAGCUGUUGACGUAGCCGCCGACUUUCUUCAGGCCAUGUACAAAUACGCUUUGGAAAGAUUGGAGCUUGAAUUUCCUCUCGAGUACGUCAAAAUCUGCGAGAAGAAACUCAUUCUUUCGGUCCCUGCUGUCUGGUCUGACAAGGCAAAAGACUUAACUUUACAAGUGGGUAUCUCUCAUCGCAUAUUCUUUGCCAGGCUAACCACCUCCCAUUUAAAGGCCGCCAGGCAGGCAGGUUUGCAUCCAGUAGCACUUGUCAAAGAGCCAGAGGCCGCGGCAUUUCAUACUUUAAACAGAUUAAAAAACAAGGGGGUAGCGGUAUGACUAUCCGCCUUUUUUGGAAAACAACAACUAACGGCUUUUUAGGUUGGCAAUGCAAUAGUGAUCUGUGACGCUGGCGGUGGUACAGUAGAUUUAAUUUCCUACGAAGUUGUUCAAUUGGUACCUAAGCUGGAGUUGAAAGAGCUUGUGCCUGGUACAGGUCAGUGUUAACCUAUCUUUGGUCGCUAAAAUAAGUAUGCUAAUGAGCGCCAAGGCUGUAUGGCAGGCUCAUUGAAUCUCAAUAACCGAUGGGAAGAAAUGGUCAAAGACAUAGUAGGGGAGGAUGAUUUCUACAGGAUUAAGGGAGACAAGUGUUACCUAGGACCUCUGGACUACUUCGAACAAGUUGCCAAGAGACAGUUUCGUGGCGUUGAGAGAAAGUGGGUUUUCCAUUUCUUCAAGGCAAAUCUCAGAGAUAAUCGACCGAAAGGCCUAUUCUCCGAUACUUUGGUCUUGAAUUGGUAAAUUCUGCCCCCAAUUUGGUGUCACAAUAAAGCUGACACAUUAACAGUAAAGAUAUGAAAGCCAUAUUCGACCCUAUAAUCGCGGACAUCAAAGACAAAGUCAACGAACAGGUGCAGGCCGUCAUGGCCAAGAGACUGUCGGAUCCCCAUGAAGGAAAACCAAAGGUGAUGUGCCUCAAUCACUAUAUGAAUCUUACCUGACCCUUCCUAGGCCAUUCUUCUUGUAGGCGGGUUUGGUUCUUCGGAGUAUCUCAGAUCUGAACUUGCUCAACAAUUUCCCACUAUUCAAGUUAUGCAGCCAAAUGAAUCUUGGUCUGCAAUAGUCCAGUAAGUUCCCGAGAUAUAAGGAAGAAGACUUGCUAAUGUGUAUCAAGGGGUGCGGUGCUUAGCCAACUUCCACAAAAAGUCACGGUAGUCUCGAGACAAGCGACGCGGCACUACGGCGUCUCAGCCGGUUUUAUCUAUGACGCCGCGAAAGACGAAGGACAUCCAAAAUAUAUGGACGCAUAUGGAAAGUGGCGAACUCGGCGGGUAAGAUAGGACACUUUUCCCAUCUCUCGCUUGUUUGCUCAUACCUCUAGAUGACUUGGUACAUACGUCGUGGCGACACCCUCGGACAUUCGCACAAGAUCCGGUUCCCAUUCUAUCGCACUCUCCAAGAUUUGUCCGACGAAAGCCUUCAAUUUCUUGUAAGUCUCAAGCAGUGCGAACUGAUCGAAGCGCCAGAUCAUCCCGACUCCACAGUGGAAGCCAACUGCCAAUUGGUGGUAGACUUGAGGAAUGUGGAGAGGGAUACUUUCCAGAAAAAGAGGGGAAUGUAUGGAGAUUGGUGUUGGGAUGUUCACUACGACCUGGUAGUGAUAAGCAUGCCUGCCAUCAUGAAGUUUUCACUCGAACACAGAGGUAAGGAAAUGGGCAGUGUUAAGGCGAAGUAUUGA